AUCCCAAACAUCCAGCCAAAAGAAUACAGAUCACGUUCAAAGUCACCUACACUGCAACCCAACUUUAAGUUUCCCUGAGAAAAGUAUUCACUAUUCCUCCACUGGAUGGGAUUGACUUGGAGCCGCAUAUAUUUUACUCCCACUGAAAACAAAGUGCUUUAUCUUGUUCACUUUCUCCGUGGAAAAGUUCUUCGAGGUUGUACUCCGUGUAAACCAUUCCCCGAUACUAUCCGCCACAACUCUUGGAUACGAUGAACUCUCGCCGGCAGAGGCGUCGCCAUUUGGACAAAAGGGCUCCUUGGUAUUAGGGAAGUUGCUAAACAACGCGGCUCCGUUGCUUAUGUGGUGUCUGUGGUGGUAGAUAAAUAAUUUCAAGGAUUCUUUUUUCACUAAUUUUUGCCGUGAUACCCUCCCCCUCCCUUCCUGUGUUGAUAUUGGUCAAUGUCCAGAGGCGCCAGUGUGAAGAAAAGUUUGUUCCACCGUCGACUCUCCCUUCCAGACCCAGCGGCCGAUUCCGGGACGAGGCAGGCGCCUUCUUGCCCGAGAGCAGGCGAGAACCCCGAGAGUUCCGAGACCAGAGUCCGCAAUUCUGAAGAGCCGGCGGUUUAUAAACAGAGCGGAGCAAAUCAGGAGCGGAAGUUGGUGAGAUAGAAACUGAAAUUCGCCGUUUGCAGAAGAAUAUGUCUGAAUGUGAAGAUGACCCUGCAGUGUUUACUUGUGAUACCUUGCCCUCUGACCUUCGAUUCAUGGCAACAGUUGCCAAUGGAUACAUUGGUACUAGAAUAUACAGUGACGUAAUGCACAUUAAUGGGGUAUAUAAUGGUGAAGGAGGUGACUGUUGUCGGGCAGAUGUACCAUCUACUGUUAAUAUCAAACUGACUGUACCUGAUGAGAACACUGCAAAGAAGACCUUCACGUUAAACACCAGGACAGGUACAUUUUACAGUACUACAGAGACAAGGGAUUUUAUGGUGACCCAGCAGAUAUUUGCCCAUCGCAGUCAGGUCCACCUCAUGGCUCUCACCAUAACUUUGGAACGGAUUACCGUUUCCAAGGAACAGUUCACAGUGGAGAUAAAGUCAAUGUUUGUUCCCCAAAGCCAGAAUAUUGAUUUUAGAAGAGGACCAGACUUCAUGGAAGCAAUGUACAUCCAUGGAGAAACAAUUACCCCAGAGGUCAGAGGUGCUGCAAGGCAAAGUGUUCAUAUGAUCUUGAUGCCACUUCCGGAGUCCCUGACGCUGCUGCCUACCGAGCAGAGUAGGCCUUGGGUAUUCCUGACUGCAGUAGCUGACACGGAAGAGCGAGUUAAGGAGUGCUUUGUGAAAGGACAGACCCUGGUGCAGUCAAAUCAACUUUACUCGUCACAUGUGUUAGCUUGGACCACGUUGUGGAGGCAGAGCUGCAUCAGUUUGAGAGGAUGUGGAAGGCUAAACCGGGUGCUGCAUGGAUGCCUGUACUACGUGCUGAGUGCCCUCCCCCCAGAGAAACCUACAGACUUUCAGUACAUUGGUCUAAGUCCUGGGGGUCUCUCCAAUGGGGGGAAAGGAGAAGACUACUUUGGGCACAUCUUCUGGGAUCAGGAAAUAUGGUUGUACCCUAUCGUGCUUCUAUUCUACCCAGAAUUAGCUGCUACCCUUCUGAAGAACCGAAUUCGAACACUCCCUGCUGCCAAGUCCAUUGCAGCCCAACAAGGUUUCUUGGGUGCCAAAUACCCAUGGGAAAGUGCCUUGACUGGAUUUGAGGUCUGUAACGAAGAUAUUUAUGGAUUGAAAGAAAUUCACAUCAACAGUGACAUCUGCUUUGCAUUUCAACAGUAUUUUUAUCUCACCCAGGACCUGGAGUUUUUUCAGAAGGAAGGGGGUUGGGAUGUGGUACGCAGCAUUGCUGAAUUUUGGCACAGCCGAGUGACUUGGAACCCUUCUGAGAUGUGCUACGAAAUUAAAGGAGUGAUGCCACCUGAUGAAUAUCAAUCAGACGUUAACAAUUCUGCCUUCACUGCUGUGGGUGCCAAGUACAGCUUACUUUUCGCUACAGAGUUGGCGUCCAAGCUACAGAUCGAAGUUCCAUCAGAAUGGAUGGAAAUAGCUGGGAAAAUCAAAGUGCCUUUUGACCAUGAGAAGCAAUAUCAUCCUGAGUUUGAUGGAUAUAAAUCAGGGGAUGUUGUGAAACAGGCAGAUGUUGUGUUGCUAGGUUACCCACUCAUGUAUCCAAUGAGUCCUCAGGUGCGGAAGAAUGACCUGGUAAUAUAUGAAGCUGUGACGGAUCCUGAGGGACCAGCCAUGACCUGGAGCAUGUUUGCAGUUGGAUGGUUGGAGCUGAAGAAUGCUACCCAAGCUCGGCAGCAACUGAACAAGUGCUAUAGCAAUAUUCAGGAACCAUUCAAGAUUUGGAGUGAAAAUGCAGAUGGGUCAGGAGCUGUGAAUUUCUUAACAGGAAUGGGUGGCUUUUUACAGACUGUACUAUUUGGCUACACAGGAUUCAGAAUUACAAAGAAUUGUUUGCUCUUUGAUCCCAUUAUCCCAGAGGAUAUUGAUGAAUUACAGAUUACUGGAAUUAAUUACCUUGGAAAUAUACUGCAACUUAAACUUUCAAAGGAACAGGCCACCAUUGUUUUGAUGAGAUGUGAAAUUCGGUACAUGGCCUUGGAGAUUGUUCUACAGGAUUCAGGAAGGAUUUUUGUUUUAAACAGAGAUCAACCUGUGUCUUUUCUUCUGGAACCUGGGAAGAUUCAAACUAGGUGUAAUACUGAUUCUUCUGAAAUGUGUACAAAAUUAUAGCUUGUUAUUGAACACUGUUUAUCACCUGCAAAAUGCAGGUUCUGGCAUUUUUUUUAAAUGAAAAUUUGAGAGACAUUGCAUGCCACCGGGAUUGUAAACUUUAUAGUGAAUUCUUAAUUUCUUUCUUCUGCCUUUCUACACCAAAGAUGUGGAUUCUUGUUGAGGUAUGAUUUCACUAAAGUGCAGAGUUAUCGAAUAUUCAACUGUUAUGUUUUUAUAUAUAAGCCUAGACUGUGAGGAAUAUUACAUUAGAUGAACCUGAAGGUGUGUUUGCAUGGAUAUUUCUGAGUGGAGUCAUUGUAUUUGGGUGAAGAGUGGGAACUCUGACCGAUUCCCUUCACUCCACUCCCAGCUUCUUUUUAAGCUCAGAGUUAUUUGCAGACUGAGUCUGCAAGCUUUUUACUUCAAGUGUAUGUGAGUACUCCCCAACAUAUCACAUAUUUUAUCGACAAUUGUGAUCCAUUCAUAAAUGCAACUUAAUCCUAAUCUCUAUGAAUUACUCAAACACAAAACUAUCUUUAAAAUUCAGUAUAAAUUGUUUCAAUAAAUGAUGCCUGUUGACUCUUAUAUUCUGUGUUUUCAUUUUUAACCAAUAUUUUUUGCUUUAAACUGUAUUCUCCCCACAAAAUGUAAUCUCAUAUCUUGGCAUAUCUCAUCACAAAAUGCAACCUUAUGUCUUGGCAUAUCUCACACUUUACUAUUACUAGUAGGCUAGGGGCCUGUUCCUGAUUCAGUGAAAUGUGCAGAAGGGUAUGCUAAGCAUCAUUAGAUGUACUGAAAAGUGAUGUACUAAUCUGGGAGUAUAGGCUGAAUGUCACUAGGCCUUACUGAAAAGUGCCGUGCCAGUCUAGUACAGUGUGCUGAAUAUCACUAGGCCUUACUGGAAACUGAGGUACAAAUCCAGACAUCCCACCUCUUCCAGAAGUUCCGUGAGUCUCCCACAUGUUGUUAGUGGCUCUCUGACGCCCGCAAAUUAUAUACAAUAUCCCGGAAAUCGAUUCUUUUGAGAGCGAGUGACAGAUGUAGCGAGAGAGUGACAGAGAGAUCAUCCUGAUUGGUCUCUCUUUGUGCUAAGUAGUCCUAUCAGUUUUCUCUGUGGGCCGGCUUUACAGUCGACCUCUCGCUCUCUCUUUCAUUGUCCAUCAUUUCCGUUUAGUGUCCUGCAGCGCCAUGGCUGAGUGUUCCAAAAAAAACGAAAAUAUAAAACGUACUUCACCCCAGACUACACUAAAGUGUACCCCUGCCUAAUAGGGGUCAAAAAUAAUGACAAUGUUGCUCGCUGCACUGUUUGCACCAGUGAUUUUUCUAUUGACCAUGGUGGGUUAGGAGUGCAAAAGACAUGUUGA